UCAACUAUCAAGUUGGGUUGCGCGGAAGCUGGCGGUUUGAGGGAGAAAAUGGCGCCGAGCCGGAGUAAGAGUCCGGCUAUGAGGAGGAAAAACAAUGUGCUGAGGAGCUUAUACCGGCUAAAGAUAACCGGCCAGUUCUCUCAUCGAAUGUUUCAAAAUUUACCACCCAUUCUUUGUGUCCCCUUGAAGAACAUUGUGGAUGAUGAUUUUUUACUAGCUGGCCAUAUAUUCCUUGGUUUUACAAAAUGUGGUAGGUAUGUGCUGUCCUACACCAGAGAUGUGCCAGAGCAAGAGUUUGAUGAAUUACCCCACUAUGUGUACUAUCUGUACUGGUGGAAGUUCAACAUCCAUGACAAGUUGAAAAAGGUUAGGCAAGUGCAUCUUUUCAAAGAUCAGGAAGUAUACAGUGACCUGUAUCUAACUGUCUGUGAAUGGCCAUCAGAUCCAUCAAAGCUUAUUGUGUUCGGGUUCAACAUUCGGUCGGUAAAUGAUCUGCUGAUAAAUAUGGUUAUGAGUGAUGAAAACGACAGAGAUAUUUAUAUUACAACUGUUGCCACACCACCAUUUGUACUGUGUCCCGACUGCAGAGAUAUGGCUUUGCUUAACACAGGUGAGCAGAAUGCCUAUUGCCUACAGCACGGCUUCAUGCUUCACACCAAGUACCAGGUGGUGUAUCCCUUUCCCACGUUCCAGCCUGCUUUCCAGCUCAAGAAAGAUGGAGUAGUGUUACUUAACACCAGCUACUCCCUGGUAGCAUGUGCAAUAUCUGUAAAUACGACAGGUAAAACAGGACAAGUACUGUACAGCAAAAGCAGUGAAAACGAUGAAACUCCAGUCGAUCAUGAGGUGUACCCUGAGAAUUUCAUUUCAGCAGAAUGGAGCAGUGUAUCUUCUAAUUGUAACUGUGAAGGUGCUAAAUGUACUUUGUGCAGCCAAAAAACACUGGACUUCACCUCUAACAUGGCAGAUGCUAAUAACUGCAGGCAUACUGAAAACUGUUCAGAGGAAAUGUUGAGCUGGGAACAUGAAGCCUAUGAGCACACCGUUGUGGCAGUCUGUAACCCUGCCCACUGUGACCGAACUACUGCUGCAGGCAAAGCAAAAGAAUUUGCAGCUGACAUCUUCAGGCGAGCUAGAGCUGCCACCAGCACUCCAGAAGUAAUGGGAAGUUUAGACAUACAAAAGGAGGGUGUGCUACAAAGGAAACUUGCAGAAGACUGCCUCAAUAUCCUUAAUCCACAAAGAAGUGGAUCUUCAGAAAUCCAUCCUUCCUUCUCCUGUGAACCCAGAUUAGAGAUCCAGUGUUCUGGUUGUGUUGCAGACGCUAAUGGUUAUGCGUUAAGUACCGAGGAAUCACAUUCACUUGUUUUGGGGUGCAAUUGUCCCACCCUUAGGAAACCCAGCCUAGUCAAUGGUGCACCAUCUGCUCAAAUAAGAACUGAAGGAACGAGUGAAUUUGCACAGAAUGAAUCUAGUGUAAUGGAUAACACUGGCAACCAGCAGCAGGAAACUGGACAAACUGACCCCGGUUAUGUGAACUACAUAAAGCUGCACUAUGUUCUGGAGCCCACUGGCAUGGUGGUAGAUGAUGAAGGAUAUGAUGAUAAGAUCUCAUUGCCUUUUGUGGUGACUGACCUGAGAGGAAAGAAUCUGAAACCUUUUAAAGAAAAUGCCUUGUAUCAGGGAAAGUACCUCACUGUAGAACAACUGACGCUUGACUUCGAAUACGUUAUUAAUGAGGUUAUAAGGAAUGAUGCAUCAUGGUCAAAACGCUACUGUUCCUUUAGUGAUUAUGAUAUUGUAAUCCUAGAGGUAUGCCCUGUAACUAACCACGUAAUCAUUAACAUAGGAUUGCUGCUCUUAGCAUACCCCCCAGAUGAAGAAGGGCAAGUAAGACCCAAGGCAUAUCAUACUUGUUUGAAGGGUGCAUGGAAUCUAAAUACGGGCAUCUUUGCAACUGUGGGUGUUGGAGACUUAACUGCUGUCCAGGGACAAACAAGUGGCAGUGUUUGGAGUACCUUUCGGAAAAGCUGUGUUGAUGUAGCAAUGCGAUGGCUAGUCCCCGAAAGUACCUUUCGCAAUGUGAACAGAAUGACGAAUGAAGCCCUGCAUAAAGGUCGCUCCUUGAAACGCCUAGCGGAUAGUGGACGCUGUAUGUGGAUUGUUCUGUAGCUGUGAGUCACCAUCGUUCGUUCAGACAACAAAUUUUAAAGGGAAGAAUCGAGAGACCAUCCUUCGAGAACAAAGCCAGCUGCAAAUGCAUUGAAGAUUUUAAGACUUUCAAUUUUUUUUAAAGCUACCUCUUUGGUCAAAUUUUUGUUUCAGUCAUUCCUUUUCAUGCCAUUAAAUAAGGCCAUAUCCUUGGAGAUUUUAGGAAUAAGAAUUUAUCUUCCAAGAAUGUGCACGACAUUGAAUAGUUACGUUUAUUUUUUGUAGACUGGUGCCUAAUUUACAAGUACUGACUAUACCCUCACUGAAGUUUAACAUCUUUGAUGUUUGUAUUACCUCAGUAUAUAAUUUAGAACCUUGUUAGUCAUGUUGAUAUUAAUGUCUUUGGAGAUUACCAGGACACAUUGCUGGUUAUUUUUCUUGUUAGAAAUGCCAUUUAACCUUUAACAUUAUUUAGUGUUUAGUUUGAAAAUGCAAAGAGCUGGUUACAUUCCUUCCUUGAAUCCUCCCAGUUCAUGGCUUUCUGACUAAGAAUGCUGCUUGUCAUUGGACACAAGACAGGUUCUUCACAGCAGCUAACCACCUUCAGAAUUCGUUGGUGGGGUUGGUUGUUCCGGUUACAGAAUCACAGAUGAUGAGCAAUGUAACCAGUUUCCACAUCAAGCUGUUGCUGAGUAAGAAUAUGUUCCUCUGAUUUUUAAUAAAGGAGAGACAGAAGCUCAGUGUAAAUAGUCUGCUGUUGGAAAUAUAAUAAGUGAAUGUCAGUACUGACUCUGAGUGUAGAUUGGGUGAGUUCACAAGUGAUUAAAACUCAGAUGGCAUCAGAAUUUGUGGCCAGUAAAAUCAGAAGACAGGAAAUGGAUUGGCAAGUUUUGCAGCCAGGUUAUGCACUAAACAUUUACCUUAAAUGGUUUUCUUUGAUAGGAGCUAUAAAAUUAAUUGGGUGUUGCAAAACAGGGUCUUUUUUAAUUUGUACAUUUUCUGCUAGAGAGACAAAUUUGACAUCAAAGUAAGUGAGAGGAAAUGGGUGGAUUUUUAUCUAGACAUGGUCUAAGUUCAUGACUCUAACAAUCCAACAAAGAUGUGUAGAUCACACAAGAGAUAGCAGAUUCUCUCUGAAAACAAACUCAUUUCUUUCCCAUGCUGUCUUAGUAAGUGAGUCAUGAAGGGGUGGGGUGGGUAGUAUGUGUGUGUAUGGUUUUAAAAUUACUAGCUCUGCCAAUUGCGACAUCUGAUAUUGACCCAAUGCAGUUUUUUCCCCCGCCCAUCCAACUUUUCAAGUGAACCUCCCUGUCUUGUCUUCAAUAUCAAGCAACACCUGCCCAGUCCGAGGCCCAGCCCAGUAUUGCUGAAGCUUAACAGAGAACUGGAGAAGGCUUGGACCAUCCAGUCAACUCCACUAGUAUCUACUGGGAAGUCCACUUCUGAAAUGUACAAAGUAAAGGAAAAUUUCUCUUAAGCUGCAGCUUCAAUGAUGUAGUGGAAAGGACUGAUAAAGGCUGCCCACUAAUCCGACAUCACUCUUCCAGUCCAACCCUGUUACCAAUCAGUAUGAGGACUCCCAAUCUACAGCAGUAAGUCUGUUGUAUAAUUUGGCUCCAGGUUCUCUGUGUCCACAGUUGUCUGAAUCAGGUUGGCUCUGUUGUGUUCUUCUACAGCACCUAACAUGCUCUCUGGUGACAUCAUCCAGUUUGACGGCAUUGGUUUCCAGUUGGUGUCAACUCAUUGAGUGCGUUAACCACUUAAACCACAGACAUUAGUGCCACUUCUGAACUGGGUGAUACCCACUUUGAUGAGGGCAUUCCUAAAUCUCCAUUAGAUCUUAAUGAUCUGUAUUGAUUCACUCCCAAUAGCUAUGAAUCCAUUCAGAUUCUAUGGCUCUUCUCUCCCUGCAGAAAUUCAUUUGCCUCAUUGGCACCUAGCCCGUGUGAUAGGGGUUCAGUUCUAGAGCUUAACAUGGUUCUUGUUCGUGUGAUCCUGUGGCUGAUAAUAGCCACCCUCAGUGCAGCUCAUAAUGCCUGCCAAAGUCUGCGAAUAACUCAGGUCUGGGUAUGUGUGUUCCAAAAGUCUCUGGAAGCCCAGUUUGGGGUUACCUCUUGCCAUUUAGGCUUUUUCAUGCACUUAACACAAAGGUGACCCAAGAUCUGAAGACUGUUUUCAGAUGGUAGACACUUGGGAUAUUGCAUCAUCUUCAGAUGUUGACCUUUGGAUUUAUCAAGCAUAUUUUGAAAACAGUUUGAACAAUUUGAAGUUACCAUGCAGAUUUGCAUCUGCUCCAGGAAUUCAGGCAAUCAGUGCAGAAACUGGACAGUGAAUCAACUGUUUCCACCUUCUGUCAUUCAGGGCUGUCUGAUCUCCAGGAUGCUACAAAAUGUUGCCACAAGUGAUGGUUCUGGUUAACCCUUACCUGGAAAGUGAAAACUUGCUUGGAUGAGGAAGUGGAAGGGUGGGUUCACAAGUUUGUAGAUGACAUGAAGGUUGGUGGUGUGGGUAGUGUAGAAGGAUUGUUGAGGAUUACAGUGGGACAUUAAUAGGAUACAGAGCUCAGCUGAGAAGAGACAGAAAAGCAGAAUUCAACCCAGAAAAGAGUGAAUUAAUUCAUUUUGGAAAGUCAAAUUUCAAUGCAGAACACAGGGUUAAUGGCAAGAUUCUUAGCAGUGUGGAGGAACAGAGGGAUUUUGGGUACCACAUUCAUAGACCCCUGCGCAAAUAGACAUGAUUGUUAAGUCAUAGGGUGUGUUGGCCUUUAGUUGAGGAAAUGAUUUCAAGAUCCACAAGGUAACAUUGCAGUUCUAUAAAACCUUGGUUAGACCACAUUUAGAGUAUUGUGUUCAGUUCUGGUUAUUAUAGGCAGAAUGUGGAAGCUUUAGAGAGGGUGCAGAGGAGAUUUACCAGGAUGCUGCCUGGAUUAGAGAGCAUUGCUUAUGAGGAUAGGUUGAGCAUACCAGGGCUCUUUCUCUUUGGGACAACAGUGUAUUAGUGUCUAUAUGGCUUACCUUUUUGUAUACUUAUUUAAUAAAAAGAUUUAAAAAGAAAAAGAAAGAAAGAAAGGAGUAUGAGGGGUGACUUGAUAGAGGUGUGUAAGAUAAAGAGACUCAGAUUGAGUAGACAGCCAGAGACUUCUUGCGAGGCUGGACAUGGCAAAUAUGAAGGGGCAUAUUUUUGUGAUUGGAGGAAAGUAUAGCUGGGAUGUUAGAGAUGCAUGUUUUGCACAGAGAGUGAUGGUGCAUGGAAUGUGCUGCCAAGGGUGGUGGUAGAGGCAGAUACAUUAUGACAUGUAAGAGACUCUUAGAUAGCCCACCGUUUUCGUAUUAUCCAUGUGCCUAUGUGGGAGGGGAGGGUUGGUUUGAUCUUAGAGUAAGUUAAAGCGUUGGCCCAGCAUCAUGGGCUGAAAGGCCUGUACAUUUUUUACACAGAGAGUGGUGGGUGCCUGGAAUGUACUGCCAGAAACUGGUAGUCCCUAAGGUGGCAGAUUCAUUAGGGGCAUUUAAUAGACACUUGAGAAACUGCAAUGUUCUAUGUUCUGUGCUUUGCAAUGUACCAUCCAACUGUUACGUAAAGUGCAGACUCUGCCAAGAAAGAGGCCAGGCUUCCAGGUCAAAUUAAAGUGAAGGUUAAUCAAGGGCAUCCUUGGCAGAUCUUAGCAAGAAUCUGAACUGUCAGGAUUGGGACUAGGGCUGAUCGUUGGGGAUGGAAUGUCUGUCAGAUUAAGAUAUGACAGUCUCUUAUUCCAUCUAAGUAGUUAAUUAAACCUCUGAUCCCAAGAGCGCUCUAAAUCCCUCUCAUCCUCAGCAUUAAUUGGUUAUUCCAGUGUAUUUUCAUAUUUUUUUUAAAAAAUCAGUGUCUUCAGAGUUAUACAGUACAGGAAUAGGUACUUUGGUCCAUGCUUAGUAGCCUACCUGAACUAUUUCCAUUUACCUGUGUUUGGCUCAUUUUCCUGUCAACCUGGAGUUCGCUUGGGUCGCAGAUCCCUGGCUUAAUUGUAUUGGUCCAUGGCAUAAUAAAGUUGGGAACCCUUGCUCUUAGCCUUUCCCACCAAUGUACCUGUCCAAAUGUUUUUCUAACAUUGUAACUGGACCUGCCUGUACCAAUUCCUCUGGCUGUAGGUUCCAUGUACCCACCAUCGUCUGUGUGGAAAAACUUUCACCUCAGGUCCUCUUCAGUUUUCUUCCCUCUCACCUUAAACGUAUGCCCUCAGGUUUUGAACUCUCCUACCCUGGAAUAAAGAACUCUGAUCAUCCACUUCGUCUAUUUCACUCAUGAUUUUAUAAACCUUGAUACGGGUAAACCUCAGCCUCCUUUGCUCCCCCGGCACUCUUCCUUGCAAGUGGGCGAGCUGUUACACCUGAGGCAACACUUCACCUGCGAAUCUGUGGGGGUCCUCUACUGUAUCUGGUGCUUCCAAUGCAGCCUCCUCUACAUUGGUGAGACCUGACAUAGAUUUGGGGAUCAUUUUGUUCACCACCUUAGCUCCAUCUGCAAAAAAGGAUUUCCUGGUGGCCAUCCAUUUUAAUUCCAGUCCCCAUCCCUGUUCCAACAUGCUGGUCCAUCACCUCUUCUUCCAUGAUGAAGCCACUCAGGUUGGAGGAGCAACACCUUAUAUUCCAUCUAAGUAGCCUCCAAUGUGAAGGCAUAAUCAUUGCAUUUCCCAUCUUCCAGUAAUUUUUGCCCUCCCCUUCCCUCUUCAUCAAUUUCCAGUUCUGGCCCCCUCUUUUGGAGCAUAGAAGGUUGAGGGGGAACUUGAUAGAGGUAUUUAAAAUUAUGGGGGGAAUAGAUAGAGUUGACGUGGAUAGGCUUUUUCCAUUCAGAGUGGGGGAGAUUCAAACAAGAGGACAUGAGUUGAGAGUUAAAGGGCAAAAGUUUAGGGGUAACAUGAGGGGGAACUUCUUUACUCAGAGUGAUAGCUGUAUGGAAUGAGCUUCCAGCAGAAGUGGUUGAGGCAGGUUCGAUGUCAUUUAAAGUUAAAUUUGAUAGAUAUAUGCACAGGAAAGGAAUGGAGGGUUAUGGGCUGAGUGCAGGUCAGUGGGACUAGGUGAGAGUAAGAGUUCGGCAUGGACUAGAACGGCCAAGGUGGCCUGUUUCCGUGCUGUAAUUGUUAUAUGGUUACCUUUCUCACCUGCUUAUCAUCUCCCACUGGUCCCCCCCCCCCCCGCCUUCCCUUUCUCCCAUGGCCCUCUGUCCUUUCGGAGUCCUUCUCCAACCCUUUACCUUUUACCUCCCAGCUUCUUACUUCCUCCCCCUACCUCAUCCACUUGGCUUCACCUAUCACCUUCCUUCCCAUCCUCCUACCUUCUCAUUCUGACUUCUUCCCCCUAUCUUUCCAGUCCUGAUGGAAGGUCUCAGCCUGAAAUGUUGACUGCUUAUUCAUUUCCAAAGGUGCUGCCUGAGCUGCUAAGUUACUCCAGCAUUUUGUGUGUGAACACUGCAGAGUUACAGAGAUUAAUUGGGCCAUCAGCUAAUCAGGACAGCUGUUAUUUGGGACAACUCUUAAAGAACAAAAACUGAUCGAGAAAAUUACCAGGAUUCCCUGCAUUUAUUUGAGAGACUGCCAAUUAAUUGAGGCAGGAGGCAUACUGUAUAGGUUUCAACAAGCAUCAGUUGUGUGUGUUUGUGUUCAAAAUGUAAUGAUUUUUGUCACUGAUAGUUGACAAAUAAUCAGUAAGACAAUUCAGAACUGUUUAGGUCAUGCAGUUUCAAGCAUUCAGGUGUGGAGAUGCUAGAAAUAGGAGUGAAAAUGAAGUGAUGUCACUACUUCAACUUGUAAGGAACUACAAAGAAUUUGAAAGUAUUGACAAUUAUCUUGAAAGCUACAAAGAAAAUGAAGAUGUAGAGGAUGCAAUCGUUGAUAGAAUUGUACGAAGGCAGUCCAUUAUCUGCACCAGAUGUCUGCGCUGAUUCUGUUCAUUUACAGUCAAUCAAAAGAACACCGCAGUGUGCACUCUGGUAACUAUUAGAAACCAAUACACAGUUUUAUAGUACUG